CCUAAGUUUCUAAAAUGCCCCAAAAGCAACUUGGCGCUCUAUCCAAUGAUAUCACCUUGGGUGUGGAUAUUUUUAUUUUAACUUUUCAAGGAUUUUGCUCUUUUAUCAAUGGAUAUAUUAUUUUUCUGUUUUUGACAAGACCAGAUCUCCGAAAAAACAAGCACAUGAGGCUGGUAGUAUUUCUAUCACUGGGAGAUUUUUUGGUAGCUAUUGGUGAGCUCCCGUAUAUUGCUUACAUGGUGAUCAAUUGGGGGCAAGAUCUACUCGACUAUGAUCCGUGGUACAUCAUGAUAACAGCUCAGCCGUUGCCAUUGCAGCUGAAAAUUUCAGCCACAAUUACUGUAGGAAUUGCGUUGAGCAGAAAUAUUGCGCUAUUCUUUCCAUCAAUUUUUCGAAGAAUGGAUCUCGGGUAUUAUUCGAAUUGUGUUAUUCUUAUAGCCGUUCUUUGUGCAAUUUUCGACGAUUUUUUGUACUGGCAUACUACUACUAUUGAGCACCAUAUAAACUGCGGAACUAUUGGGUGUUUCGUGAGCGAUCAAUUUCGUUAUUACUGGGGAAUUUCUAAUAUGGUCCUGGGAUUCAUGGCUGUGGUGUUAUCAAUUACAAUAUUUUGGAAACUAAAAGUAGUUUCAAAAAAUAAGUCCUCAGUGGCUAGCGCUGCCGGUUCAACAUCUAACAAGUACGCUAAAGCUAACCGUACCUCAACUGGAAUCCUAAUGUCCUCAUUAUUAUUCAUAACGCUUCCAAGUGUUUGCGUGGGCGUUGUAGAGCUUUCAGGCUUUUCAAUUUUCAAAUUAAUCGGACCAUUUUACUCCGCAUGUCUGAUGGUUAGUGGAUGCUGCAAUGGAAUUAUAUUUAUAACUAGUAAUUGGGAAAAUGUACGGCCUAAAAAGAAAGUGUCAUCUAUAAUUGUGAAGAAAAUAUCUACAGCUCAUACGCAAUCGGGAUUAGCUUGGCAUUAAGAUUGAGCUCAUCAAACUUUUUACGUGAUAUUUCUAGUUUUAAUUUUAUAUGAAUUUUAUAUAUGUAUUUAAGAUUUAUGAAUAAAAUAUUAAAA